CGAGUCAUAUUGAUCCACGUGGGCUUCCGUCAAAUUCUCUUUCUGUUUAUUGUACGCAUGCGCACGCUGUCCUACUGCUGUCACUUCAUAAGACAAACCGGACGUGUUUAUCUUUUCAAACAAGAGAAAGCUAGCUUGCUAGCUGCGCAGGCCAGAGAGCAAUGGCAAGUGGUGACGCGCAAACCCCGAGACCAGUGAGCUUGGAUAUUGCUGGAGAAGCAGAGAUCGGAGAUAAUGUGGCGCCCGCGCCUUCCGAGGCAACCCCAACCCAGCCUCCGGAGAUCCUCUUCCAAGAGGAGAGCAUUGACCUCGGUGGCGAGGCCUUCAUCACGCCGCAGGAGGAUAGCCUGUCAGAAAACAUGUUGGACAAACUGAACGACCAGAUGAUGGAGAGCGUCAUGAUCUCCGACUCGCCUAACAACAGCGAGGAUGACGUGGGUCAUUUGGAGUCACUGCUGGAGCAGUUUGAGGAGAGAGAAGAAUUUGAGUCCAAAGAAGCGGGAGGUACAGAAGAAGAAGAGGUGUCAACAUUGGGGGAGACCGCCCCUGAAAUUAAAGUGGAAGCAGAGGAAACGCCAUUGGCUGCUCCUCCAUCAGAUGAGGAAGAACUGGAGGAAGAAAAAGAGGAGGUUCCAGGAGCUGAAACAAAAAUUGAGCCCACCGAGCCGCUAGAGGACACCCCCAGCGAGAGCAGCACAGAUGAUCAGGAGACCGUAGCCGAAGAAAAGAAGGAGACGCCCAAGGAAGAGUCCAUUCCAGUGUGCACCAUCUUCAGCCAAGUGAACCAGGAGAAAGCCCAGGCCCAGGCGCUGGUGCCAGACGGUUUCCAGCCGGCGCUAGUCAAGUCCCCGAGCUUCAACAGUGGCUCCGAGACGCCCAGCAAGCUGGCCCCCUUGGUGUGCCAGCCGAGCCCCAGCCUGAGCAAGUUCUUUGCUGACAACGGCCACGUCAACCCAGCCUCUGACUUCUUCGACUCCUUCACCACGUCCUCCUCCUUCAUAUCCGUCAGCAACCCCAACGCGGAGUCCUCGCCGGUCUCCCUCGGCCCCGAACGCCAGCUCUCCUCCUCCGUGUCCUCCCCGCCCGCCCUCAUGUCGCAAGAGCCCGGGACGCCCGGUUUCUACUUCGCGUCCGCUCCCCCGGAGUCGCCCGUCAAGCCGGCGCCGCCCGCCGAGUCGGCCCCGCCUUUCUCCCAGCUCCAGGCCGUGUUCUCGGGCAGCGACGACCCCUUCGCCACGGCGCUCAACAUGAGCGAGGUGGACAGGAGGUACGACGCCUGGCUGCUGGCGGAGGACACCAGGAAGGUGCUCAUCUCCGUGGCCACGCAGCAGCACAGCCCGGUGUUCGUCGAGCGGGAGCGUCUUUCCAUGCCGGGGCUGAAGUUCGACAACCUGCAGGGGGAUGCGGUGAAGGACCUGAUGGUGAGGCUCCUGGGCGAACAGGCGGCCAUGAAGAGGCAGGUUCUCACCGCCAGCUCCGUGGAGCAGAGUUUUGUGGGGCUGAAGCAGUUAAUCAGCACCAAGAACUGGAGGGCGGCGGUGGACCUGACCGGCAGGCUGCUGACGGCUCACGGCCAGGGCUACGGGAAGAGCGGGCUGCCCACCAGCCACACCACCGACUCCCUGCAGCUCUGGUUCGUACGGCUGGCCCUGCUCACCAAACUGAGCCUGUUCCAAAAUGCGGAGCUGGAGUUUGAGCCCUUUGGGAACCUGGACCAACCCGACCUGUACUACGAGUACUACCCCACGGUGUACCCCGGCAGACGAGGCUCGAUGGUCCCGUUCUCCAUGCGGGUUUUGCACGCGGAGCUGCCCCAGUACCUGGGCAAGGCCCAGGAGUCCCUGGACCGGCUCCACGGCAUGAAGAUCGUGUGUCAAACGAUACUGGAUAACCUGGAGCAGGGCAUGGCAGAGGACGGAAGCAUGAUUAAUAUAACCCAAGAGAACAGGCAAGCUUCUAUUCAGCUGUGGAGGUCGCGUCUGUGCCGGGUGAUGUACUCCAUGGCAAACUGUCUGCUAAUGAUGAAGGACUACGUGCUGGCCGUGGAGAUUUACCGCUCCAUCAUCCGCUACGAGCCAGAGCAGAAGCCCCAGCUGCUGAGCGGGAUUGGGAGGAUAUUCCUGCAGAUUGGGGACAUUAAAACGGCAGAGAGGUACUUUGAGGACGUGGAGAAAGCGGUCCAGUCGAAGGGAGACGGGCAGUGCCUGAACACCUUCGUUCUGAUGAACAGAGCGUUUGUAUACCUCAGCCAGAACAACUACGCUGAAGCACAUGCGUCCUUCUCUGACGUUCUGAAAAUUGACCCAAAAAACCCUGUGGCAAGCAACAACGCGGCGGUGUGCCUGCUGUACCUGGGCAGGCUGAAGGAGUCCCUGGGGCAGCUGGAGGGCCUGGUGCAGCAGGACCCCGCGCUCUACCUACACGAGAGCGUCCUCUUCAACCUCACCACCAUGUACGAGCUGGAGUCCUCCCGCAGCAAUCAGAAGAAGCAGGCCCUGCUGGAGGCCGUGUCCUGCCGCGAGGGCGACAGCUUCAACACCCAGUGCCUGAAACUGGUCUAGAGCCCGCAGCUGCCGUGCACUACCUGCAAUACACACGCGAGAGAGACGAGGGCGUGUCUCCGCAUCACCGACAUGUAGAGGAAAUGUGCACGUGUGCUUUCUCAGUCACCUAACAAAAUGGCGCGUGUGUGUGACAAAAGUGUGUAUAGUGCAUAUGGACAGACGUGGACUCAUCACAGGGUGAAAACUGUACAUUUCACUGUAUCUUUCAGUCAGCUAAUGGAGUGUUUUUGGGUGUGACUGCGUUUGUGUGGGUGUGCACGUGCAUGUGCGCCUGUUGCAGGGAAAAUAAAUACACAUUUCACUAAUUCAUCACGCAUUUAACUAAUGAAGGAGUACGCGCAGUUUCUCAUCGCAAGGAGGGCAAUGUACGUCUUUCUCCUUCCGAUCUGAUUCUUAAAUGGUUUUUCAGUCAUAGCUCUCUUGUAGAAGAAAUGGUAGACACCAGCAAGCCGAGGUCUGGACUUAAAAAGGAAUGUAAAAUAUCUGAGUAAUCUGAACCUGUACAUAUCUUAGUUGGGAAAACUUGUAAAAUACUAUUGAUACCUUUCCAUAAUGAUUUGUGUCUCAGAGGAAAAAUCACUGUUUACAGAUUGCAUCUUACUAUUGGAGUCAUUAAAGCUGUACUGUACUGUGUUGCACAGUAAAAUGUCCAGUGUUAAUUAAACUCCAGCAGAGUCCACUCUGGCUGUGGUGUACUCAAACUCUAAGAGUUUAUUUAACACGAAACAUUUUACUGUGUGGAUAAUAGAAAAGGAAUCUUGUUAAUCCAAAUAAACUUUUACUGAACUUAAAACUUU